CGCGUGCCUCUCUUCCCUUGCUUCUGAAAAACAAUUCUUCGUCCGCUGUAGUCGAGCACGUUUUUCUUGCUGGCCAAGAUAUGCGAGUUUACGAGUAGAGAAGUAGGGCUACACGCCGAUCUGCAGCGCGGGCCGUGGGCUGCCGUUUUCGUUUGUUUUACCCGUUCUUCUCGAUCAAAGUGACCUGCGUUUCGGUUUUCUCUUCGUCAUUCACCGAAAUGCUCCCGACAACUCGUGAAUUUCUCCCGUCCUACGUGUCCGCUAUGGAAAUUCUAGCACUCUUUUUCCCGGGAGUUGCUCCAUCGACUGUCAUUUCCUCGCAAGCGAGACGAACGCCGUUCGUGGUUUUGCUCUUGCCCCUUUUUUUGUGGCAUAGAAGUGGCGAAUUCUGCUCAAUUUAAAUGCUUGAAUCGACGGUUUCGCUUGGUGAGACGAUGCACUCCCGCAUCGCGUCGAUGGAAACGAGCGACGUCGCUGUUCUUUCCUGCCUGUUUUUAAACAUGGAGAAACUAAUCUGCGACGUCCUCAUCGGCUUGCGUGCUCCACUGUUCCCCUCUUUGACAAAAAGUUGUUUGCCUUUCUGCUUUCUCAUUAUUAUGAUCUCCCUGACUUUUUAGGUUCGACGACGGCUGUUUAAGUCGAUCGUGCAGCUGACGUGAAUCAAGGCUUCCUGUGUGAAACGCCGACUUUGUCUUUUCUUCUUGGAGUUCUGUUUCUCUCUGCGUGCCGAAAUCCGCCGCAAACGAAGCCCUUCUGCGCCACAUUCUUCCCUUCAGUAGUCACGAAGGCUCGUUUUGGAGUUUUUUCGUACAGGCGGAGUUUCACACUUUCCCUUCUCCCUAGUUGAUUCUGACAGCCUCCACAAAAUAGACCGUCUGGUUUUAGAGAUCUCUUGCCGUCGAAACGGUGGAUUCCAUCGUUCUCCUCCGUCUGAAAAAGUGUUGCUUUCGUGCUCGUCUCCCCGAAGAAGACGCGCGACUUCCUCUCCACGAUCAUACUCCGCUGCCUCCGUCGUUCGACGGUUUUCGGGGUGGACAUACACCUCGAAUGAGGGGAAACGGUUUGACAGAACUUGAGCAGCGACCACUACAUGCUCGGCAUUUUCCUGUUUAGGCCUUUCCUCUGAUUGGCCGUUUGCAAGUCUACCUCUCCUCCGUCGUCCCUCUCGUCUGCACCGCGUUUCCCGUGUGUUCUAGAUAUCGGAGAUGACAUGAAGCGGCCACAUAAUGCAGCCUGCGUUAGCGGACCCAGAGCACCCACGAGCCUAUGGGGCUAAUUAUGUGUACUGCAACGGGUGUGGUAUCACCGGACCGGAUCGCCGCACGGCGCUCGUCUCAUUGGCGAUGAUUCUCAUUCCGUCUGUCGUCUUCAUGAUAUGGACUUCUCCGUGGUUUGCGUCCCACUUUGGAGUCGGCGUCCCGCUCACGCAAGCCCUUCUCGUUCUCUUGACAGUCUACUUCUUCAGCGUCACCGCGUGCAGCGACCCAGGCAUUCUGCCACGGCAUCGGAGUCCUAUGAACGCGUUCGACCCUCUAACAGGAGCGUAUCGCGCUCGCCAGCCGCCUAGGUACCAGGACGUGGUGAUCAACGGCAACUGCAUUCGGCUCAAGUUCUGCACAACUUGCAACAUCUAUCGUCCUCCUCGAAGCGUUCACUGCGCAAUAUGUGAUAAUUGCGUCGAGCGAUUCGACCACCACUGUCCGUGGCUCGGGAACUGCAUAGGCCUGCGAAAUUACAGGACCUUCAUCUUCUUUGUCAUAUUCUGCUCCCUCCUUUCGGUCUUCACCUUCGUCUCAAGUGCAGUGAAGGUUGCAUUCGUGGUCGUCUGGUUGCGGGCGGACGGUCUGAACUCAGACGACGUUUUCCAGCAGCUCUGGGGCAAGGCGACGGAGUCCGUUCUGCUUCUCGUGUACACAUUCGUUCUCUCGUGGUUCGUCCUCGCUCUCUUCGCGUAUCACGGCUACUUGAUCGCGACAAAUCAAACCACCUACGAGCAGAUAAAGAGUUUCUUCUACGAAGGCAAUCCGUGGAGCAAGGGUCUGGCGGGCAAUCUGGCGGAUGUCUUCUGCCGUCCGGUGCGGGCCCGAUACUUCAGUCCAAUAAUGCCCGUUCUCUGCUUUCUGGAGGAGGACGACCUGGGUCGCAGCUCCAGCCCGUUAAACGAGUUGUCGGGCGACUCUGCACGUGAUACCCCGUCUCCGUUAGCCCGGGAAGAGUCGGCGCAUGCGUCGGGGAGUGCCGACUUAGACGUGCCACUGAGUCAGCGGCCCUUCGCGAACAAGCGUUCGCCGAAGGGUGAAGAAGGAGGACAGGCUGAAAAGCCAGUGUCUUCGGUUAUGGGCGCCUCGUCAUCUGGCGUUGUCUCCGACAGUGCUGCGGUGAGAGACCCGAGAGGCGGCGAACUCGCCAGCGACGGUUCCGAGGAAACCGCCGCGCAGGCUCUCACCACUUCAUUUCCGGCGCCGUCUUGCCCCACCUCGCUCACCGAAGCGGAGGCGCCUCCUGACGUCUCGAUGCCUUCUGGCGCUGGCAUAGCUGACUCAGGCGCUCUUGCGCAAGAGGCGGGAUCAGACCAGAAAUUGCUGCAGCGUUUGUCGAGGAAGCGACAGAGCGAGGCCGAGAAAGAGGCCGCAGCACAGCUCAGACAGAAGGCAGACGCGCGGAAGAGCGGCGACCGUAGGAGGCAGAUUGGCGGCGGCGGUCGCGAGAAGGGAGGACGGGGAGAACGUGACCUGGGUCUCUCUUCAGGCAAGAAAGAGGACGACGACCCAGUGGAUGGGCUAGAGAGGCGAGAAACCAGGACGCCCGUGGAAGGCGAGUCGCGAAACAGAGCGGGCGCGACGGAAACGUUGCGGACGAGGCCACCGACAGGUCACUUGCGCAAAAAUGCAGGUUUCCCGGAAAAUAAGGUGGAGUCCCCUCGUACUCCGCAGCAACGUCCCACGGCCUCGGACUCGAGGGGCAUCGAACGGCGGGCUCCUCAAGAGGCGAAAAGCACAAGCGAACCAGCGUCAGGAUCCACUCCUGGUCUUGGCAUGGAGCAUGCGUCCGCCCCGAGGGACCGCGAAAUGCCUGCCUUCGCUGGUCAGCGCCUCAUGGUGACGACUGCGGUUAUGGGGCGUCCAGCAGAUUUCGAGGGGAAGCGCGCAAACGCGGAAGGAACCCAGAGUGUUGCUUGUGAGGAGACGCCGACAAUGCAGGCUCUCUCGUCGCGGGCUUCGUCUUCUGCCUUGCCUGAAUCUCAUGCUUUUCAGACUACGCCAGGGGAAAACCCGGGCAGGACGCCAGAAGGGCCCUCUGGAGACACGACCCUGCAUUGUACAGCAGCCACGGAGACAGAUGACGACGGAGAGAGAGAGAGGGACGGACGAGAAGAGAAAGAAAGAGACGGAAAGAUCCACAAGAACCGCCCUUCCACUGCGUUGCCUGCAGCACGCGUUGCGUGUUCGUCAGAACGUGCUCUUCCUCCUGUGGAACGAGACGCUGGAAGUGUGAGAGGCAAAAGAUGUGAGGCUCCACAGGAGGAGGGCCAAGGAGAGAGGAGAAUUUAUCCAGUCUCUUCUCGCCCCGGCCGCCGAGUCGUUCCUUCGCCAAGGCGCACAGACGAGAACCACCACGACGGCGACUACCUCGUACAUUUCAAGUCCGAAACGUCGUCUCGUUUCGCUUCGUACUGCCCACGGGUCGAGGGAAACAGUGCAUUCCUGUCUCCCUUGCCGGAGGCACCAGACUGUGCAGAAGGCGUGGCUGCGUGCCCAUGUGCAGAAACUGUUUUUUUCUCCUCUGGGGAGCCACGCGGCGAGGACGAGGUUAACCAGGUGUUUUGUCUGAACCAGGAGGAGGAGACGAUGUGUUCUUGUUUCCCGUCGGCAGCAGCGCCGCCCCAGAGAGGUUCCACCGCCGGGGAAUCUUCAAAAGGAAGAAUUCGGUUUUUCUCGUCUGGCAGCUUCAGCGCCUUCCGUCUCUUCUCGAGCUGCUUCGUCGCCGUGCCAACUCCGUGGGCCAGGAACCGAGGUUCUGGGUCAUCUUGGUCUGGCGCCUAUCGCACGCGGUUGCCGGCUCAUUCACAGACGGCAGAGAUUUCACCUGCCUCCGCUUCACACUCUACACAAUCGCUCUCGCAUUUCCGCUCAUCAAGUUCCCGCGUGCUGCAGGCAUUUUCCCACGGCGGACGGCUCCCCGCCUCUGCUGUCGGCGCCGCACUCGAGCGACACCGCUCGAGUGCCAGGCGAGACCCGGAAGAGGCAGAAGGUAAGCAGGGCACCUGUCUCCCCAUAAAGAAGACGGGCCCGUUUGCAGGAGGCUGCGCGCCAGGACAGUUUGUGUGUCGCCUCUCAGGCGAGGACGGGGCAGCAGGGGGCGCCGAGGCGUCGCAAAACGAGAGCUCGAGAGGGACGCGAAAUACUGCGAGAAGGGAGACGGCGAAGGGAGACGAGCAGGCGGCGUGGGAAGAAGAGAACGAGGGCAGGACGGGAGGCGACAGAAGCGUCUUGACGUAUGCCGCCCCGCAGGGUUGCGUUUCGGGGCCUCUGUCUCCCAGAAGGAGACAGGGGCACGAAGACCUACCGUCGCAGUCUCUAAACGUCUCGCUCGAAGACCACAAAGCAGCAGGCAACUGCCCUUCAGCUCCUGGAAGAGACACGCUGCCAUGUGGACCUGCUCGCGGCAUCGAGGCGGAAUCCAUGUUGAACACGGGUCUGGGAGAGGCGGUCGACGGCGAUUGUGACGACGCGGAACGUGACGAUUUAAACGCGUGUGCUAGUCGAUCACGAAGCGUCGCUGGAAAGGCAUGUCGGUGUCUGCCGGCAGGCGAGUGGCGCGGAGCCGCUUCGCGAGAGAGCCGUCGACCACAUGUUUCGUGCGCGUUCUUUUCUGACACGCACGACGCAGCCAAUUGCGAUCUCGAAACGGGAAGGCUGCAUGGGGAACCCGGUGGGUCUGCGGAUGCUACGGGCGUCGCGCACACGGAGAGAGCGUCGUCGUGUCUAGGAGGCAAAAGAAUGAGAGAUCUGGUGUUGAGGUGUGGUGCGAUUGCAUGCGUUCUUCCCGACGACGAAGACGAGGAUAUCAGAGGUGGAACGGCCCAACAGGUCCAGGAGAAUAUGACCGACAGCUACAGCCACAUUCUCCGCGAGGCGCCGUCUUUCCGGUCUUCGGCCCGUGUGGUCAUCUCUCAGCGGUGGAGUGACGGGGCCGUCGCUUUGGGCGAAAAACGGGAGUAUGCGAUGUAUGAAAGAGCCAAACACCAGGGGUACAACUCAGGAGAACUUUUCAGUUCAGGCCUUUUGGGAUCCGCUGCAUUUGAGCAGGAGUGACAUGCCAAACAUGCAUAUAUAUAUGUAUAUAUAUGCAUGCAAUUUAGCAUGUUUGGACUCGUUUCGAGGUGUUUACUCUUUUAAGGGAUGUACAGUAGACGUCAGAACGUUUUACUUGCUUCGGCUGUGCGGUCUAUCUGUGUCCGGUCUAAGUAAAGAGCAACAAUCGAGAGAAAUGGUGGCUUUUGCGGGGAGUGGUUUUAUCACCAGCAUGGUGAGGUCGAUCUCUGAAACGAACCUCCAUUCAGAAGCUGCGACGUGAUCCGGGAACGCGGUAUAUCUGUGCGUAACGUUCCACUGAAAGAUGAUCACGAAUAUCGUGAGCAUCCCGCCUUUGAAUUGAUUGGUGUUAUUCUCGACUACUCAAUCAACACACGCAUGCUGCUGCGGCGAACAAUCGCACGUGUCGCGCCAACUGGUCCUGUCUCAAGAUGUGGGGAAAGUCGACACGCAGAGAGUUGGUGUUGGUAUGACUCACAACGGUCUUGUGUGUGUGUGAUUGUGCAUAUGUAUAUAUAUACAAGAAGUUCCCGUAUCAAUAUAGGUGCUUAUCUUGAUUCACGUACUGAUACACGUGGCUAUAACAGUGCGCGUAUCUCCGCGGAUACCUCGUGGUAAUGUGGCGAAAUAAGCUUCCACAGCAGCUCGACUAGUUGUUGCUUGUAUAGUUGAACGGGCGGUUGCUCUGCGGAGGGCCACGAGCAUGCCAUUUGUUUUCCUGUCGACGACUCCGUCUUGGCCACAUUUAUGUUCACCGUUAUGACAGUAACUCCGUUCCUGUUUUUACUGGAGCGAUACAGUUGUUUCAUAUGCAGAAAGCGACCGC